GCUAAGCUCCCAGCCCUGUGCCUCAGUGAAUGGUCCGGCGUCCGGGUGCGACUGGGGGGUGGGGGAACCCGGCCGCCGUGGGGGCAAAGGCAGCGCCUGGGGAGCCGGAGUGAGACCAGUUCCAGCGCCCCGUGCCGCCUGGCACCGGGGAUUACCAGCCCGGGAGCCUGCAGAGCAGCAGCACUGAAGUUGCAAGGGGCAGGCGGGUGUUGCUGGUCUUCUGAAGUGGUCAACCAGAUUCGCUUAAAGUGGUCCUCUGAGUUAUAACACCGCUUAUCAGAAUCAGAAUAUCUCUAGUUUCCACAGGAGCACUGUGUAGGGACCUAUGUCUGCUGUGCUUUUAUCACAUCCCAUUGUGUGACCUUCUAGACAUGAUGUGCUUCCUAGCCCCAUAUCACGCCUACACAGGAGACUGAAGCAACUAACUUCGUUCCCAGAGCUUCCAAUAUUGAAAUGAAAUGUCCAUUCAUUGCUGUCCCUAUGAGCUCAUCCACAAUUUAGAGAAGUUUAAUCAGUUCACAAUCAUUUGCAAUCACUUGUAAUUUGUCAACCAUUUCCUCCCUAUUGAGGUGUGUGAUGUAAAAGCAGUGGGCAGUCCUUGGGCCCUCCCCCACACUAUUGUAACGUCAUGUGCCAGUAUGAAUAUUAACACAGAAACACAUACUUCAGUACUCAACAACCAAAGGAGAAGCUAAACACUAAGAACAAAUGACUGGACUGCUUGCAAAACUUUGGGCAGCUAACUGCUUCUCCUUCCCUGCUAUUGUGAAACAGCUGAAAGAGCAGAACUGAAGCAGCAUUUUUUGUGGAUAUUUUUUCUUUUUUUAAUUUAAUUUUUUUCCCCUUUGUUUUGGGUUUCAGACUCUCAAACUGCAUUGACCAUAAGCACUGGACAGCAAUAUGUGUCAUGUCAUUGUAACUUGUCGCUCAAUGCUGUGGACACUCCUGAGUAUUGUCGUGGCUUUUGCAGAGCUCAUAGCUUUCAUGAGUGCAGAUUGGCUAAUUGGCAAAGCCAAGCCUGUGAGUUCCGAAGAUAUGGACAACAGGACAGGAGGCUCACAGGACCCUUACCAUCCAACUUUGGGCAUCUAUGGGCGUUGUACCAGAAUCUCCCACAUGCAGGUUUCCAGACGAGACACACUUUGUGGGCCCUAUGCAGAGAACUUUAAUGAGAUUGCCAGUGGGUUCUGGCAGGCUACCGCUAUUUUCCUAGCUGUGGGGAUCAUGAUUCUCUGUGCUGUGGCAUUUGUGUCUGUCUUUACUAUGUGUGUGCAGAGUAUAAUGAAAAAAAGUAUUUUUAAUGUCUGUGGGCUGCUACAAGGGAUUGCAGGCCUCUUCCUUAUCUUAGGCUUGAUGCUGUACCCUGCAGGCUGGGGCUGCCAGAAGGCAAUAAGCUAUUGUGGACAUUAUGCUUCUGCUUAUAAACUAGGAGACUGCUCACUGGGCUGGGCCUUCUACACAGCUAUUGGUGGCACUGGUCUGACAUUCAUCUGUGCCGUCUUCUCAGCACAAGCAGAAAUUGCCACAUCUAGUGACAAAGUGCAAGAAGAAAUUGAAGAGGGGAAAAACCUUAUCUGCCUCCUUUAAAUACAAUGGAAAAAAGAUCGAUCAGUGCCUGGGAAACACUGACUUCAGACUGUUUUGCUUUUAAAUGACUUGAUAAAAGGAUCCACUUACCUGUUUUCACAAUUUGUGUGAUUAAGCCUUGAACUACUGAACAUUCUAUCACUUGCUGGGCGAUGAGGACCAGAGAAAGGAGGAUCUCAAGCAAAGACAGUGUAGAUAUGUGGGAAUUCUUGGUAUGACUACAUUGUCAGGACUCAGCAGAAUAUACAACUUGAGAGCGAGGCGGGGGAGUGUAUAUAGUGAACAAACAUUGUAAUAUACCUGACAAUUUCUGAUUUUAUCAGAUUGCAUUCUCCACCUUGGUCACUUUGAAGGAUCUGAAUUAAAAUAAUAAAAGCCAGCACAUUUCUACUAUGUACAGGACUAGCCUAUUUAAUCAGGUUUUGUUUUCAAGGGCUUCAAUCACUUGUGAAGGUUUUAUUGCCAUCUGGUUUGGUACUAUAGUUAAUAUGGUGGUGCUUUUUGAUGAGUUUUAAAAUUACUUAAAGCACAACUGGUUUUUUUGGAUAAUUAAAUGCAUGACAAAGAGAACAGGGUUGACAUUAAGACCUUGCUAAAAGUCAUAUAAACUGUAAAGAAAGUGAGAUGGGGCUCAAAUUAUUUAGUUUGUUCUGGCAUGAAGUAUCCGUAACAAGUGGUAGGUACAUUAUAUUUUAGCAGCUAGAUUUGAAGUUAAAUUAUUUUUGUUUCAUAGCAGAGCCAGGGGAAUGGUCGUUACCCUGGAGUUUACCUAUAUAAAAUAAAAAUGGUAGAAAUAAUGUUUUAGGAUCUAAUGAGUGAAACACUGAACUUUGGAUACACAAAUGGUGCCUUUACUAGAAAUCCCAGGAAUCCUCAAUAUUUAGGAAAAACACUAUAUUCUCUCAGCAGCACAACUGACAGGGUUAUUUUGUGAAUGCCAACAAGUGUUGACACUCUUCAGUAAAAAUAUGAACUGUAUGUUGGGUUUACAAUUACAAUAGUUCUCUGUUUGCCAAAAGAAACCUCAUUCCCAGUCCACAGACCAGUGUCUUAGAGCCAGUUUAGUCUGUAACAGACGUUCACUCUGCAGGAGACAAUGCCAAAUUCUAAAUGUUUGUGGGAAAACCUUUUCCCACUCUUUUUAACCACAUUUGGUAUGGACCCAUUUCCAGCACAAUCAGCAGAAGCAGAAAUAUGGCUUGCCACGAGUGACAUUCCUUUCCAAAAUGCGUUCAGUUCAGUCAUAAUACUUGUGUUGUUUCUCCAGUUACUAGAAUUAUUCUGAGAGCAUAUUAGAAGAAAGAAUACUGUACUGCCUUGGGGAUACAUGAGCACAAAAUAGAUAAACUGUUUUAAAAUUUCCAAUCAAAUAUCAAGUGAAUAGUUAUUUCAUGGUGGUGGUAAAAUACUAUUAGGCACUGAAGGCUGCUGAGCCUAUUGUUAAAGGUGUCUGCAAGUUUAUCCAUUUUUCUGUAAUGUUAAAAAUCAAAUAACUUCUGCAGACAGAAUGAUUAGCCUCCGGAUUACAAGACUUUGUUGUCGAGAACACCAAAUUUGUAUAGAAACGUGAAGGUUUUGUGUUCUUAUUUUUGCGGCAUCUUUCCUGACCUAGAGCUGAGGGAAAUGCAGCUUGCAUUAACCAUGCACAGUCUUACCAUUGUUAUACCAUUAAAUGUAAAAGGUUUCUUUGGAGCACAUAUGGUCCCUAUGCUUUUUGAACUCUUCAUCCGCUCCUGUGGAAGUCUCCUUCCCAGGAACAGUUCUUUAGAAAUUAUUGAUCUGUGUGAGAUUCUAGUGAGUGCCCAGGCUUCAACUAUAAAGGUUUAAAAAGACAAUGUUAUCUUUUUAAUAAAUGGGUAGUUUGUAAACUCCAGCUGCUAAUGAUGCUGCCUCUAAUAAGUUAAAUCAAUUAAUUUACUUUUUGAAGUGGAAUAAUUUUGUUCUGGUCUGUUCCUGAUAAACCAGACAUGUUACUUUGGACCGAUUAAAUUGAUAGGUUGUAGUAGUGAUCCAUAAUCAAUGUGCUGGAGUGCCAGAGUCCCUGCUUCUCUGUAAAUACAAAUCCAAGACCCCUAUUUAGCAGUGCUGCUGACACCUCUGUUCUCCUGUGCACAUUCCCGAUGUUGGGGCAGAAUGAUUUGGAAAGCGUUAUGCUAGCCACAGGGCAAAACUUCCCCUUGGUAAUAUUUAAUUUUCUUUUUCACCACUGAAUUGUGAGAACCCGGCCUUUCCUCUUGUUAAUCCAGAAUUCACACUUGAGAAACCUGUGUUUUCCCCCCCUCCCAAUCCCACUGCACUCUUAGACAAGAUUUUAAAACGGGUAACUCACUUUUCUUUUAAAUAUUUAACAUAAUAAAAUAAAGUUAUAGGCUGGAACCAUUUAUGCCAAGUGUCUGCAUAGAGCAAGAUUUCCUUUUAAACAAAUUAUAACCACUUGCAAAAAUUGGUGAGUUAGAGCAAAACUGUAGCCAUGGCAUCAUAAUGUCUUAUUUGAAACUGUGCGCCUUUGAAAUACGUUUCCUUGUACAUACAAAGUAUACCUUAUGAAGCACACCUCCAAAUUUUCAACCAUAUUAUUUGUAUGUGGAUGAAUCCUAUUAAAAAAAACCCUGUAAGAAGCUUCUACCAAGGUUAUUGCUUGUUCACAGCUGCUACUACUUUAGAGCCCCCCCACCCAUUGGAAUGUGCACAAUACAAGCUGGGGCACUAAAACAGCUGUGAUACAGAACUUUUAACUAAAGGGAGUCUUAAGUGCUGUGAACAACACAUGGAAUUGGGGUGAAGAUAAAUUAUAUAUAUAUAUUUUUUUAAUGUUGUAAUUUGUUUUUCUUUAGGAAGAUAGUAUGCUGUUAAAAAUAAUCAAUGCCACCAAAUCAUGACACUCUUAAUAAUAUAGUGUCACAAAUACGUUAAAAAUCCAAGUACUAUAUUAAUCAAUGACAGAUUACGGUUUUCAAAGGUGUCAUGCAAUGCUUAACUGAACUGGUUUGGACCAUGCAUGCCCCAUGUAUUGUGUGAAUUAAAAAAAAGCAGUGAACAAUGUAUUAUUAGGCCAUAACUAUGUUAAGUCUUUACAGUACUGAAAAUAUUAAUGUUGGGUUUUAUAGUACUGUGCAUAAAAUAUUUAUUUUGCAUGUG